GAAAGGCUACUGCGCAUGCGCACAUCAAGGCAGAGGUUUUUUUAUCACAUUGUAGGCUACAACAAUAAUUACUAUAGCCAGGCUAGCUGCAUCAUUGUAAAGGGUAUGUUUAUGGUUGAGGUAUGUGUAGACGUUAAUAAAACACAAUCUAAUAGGUAGAAAAUUUAAUUGUAUUGUUCGUUUCCGCUUCUGCCACGAACUUCUGAGGACGUCUCCUUUUCUUCGAGCUGCGCAGUGGUUUUGCAUCAUGGCGUCCACAAGCUCUAAAAAAGAGGGAAAAGGUAGAAGAGGAAGCUUUGAAUUAAAUACUCCAAAUUUUUCACAGAGAAGGCUGGUGUUGGUGGGAAUGACUGGAGCAGGUAAAAGCUCCUCUGGAAACACCAUUCUGGGCAGAAGUGCCUUCACAGCUGCACGAAGUUUUUCAUCUGUAACCAAAGAGUGUGGCAAAGUGACUGAAAAUGUGGCAGGGAGAGAAAUCACUCUGGUAGAUACACCAGGCAUGUUUGACACCGAUAUUUCAGAUGAAGAGGUUCUGACACAGAAGAUCAGUAAGUGUAUAAAUAUGACGGCACCUGGACCUCAUGCCAUCCUCCUGACCAUUCAGCUCAGCUCAUUUACUGAAGAGGAGAAAGUCUCAGUGGAGAAGGUCAGAGCCAUAUUCGGAGAAGAAUCAGAUAAACACACAAUCGUCCUCUUCACUCACGGGGAUAAACUGGACUGCUCUAUUGAGGAACACAUCAGUGAAGCCAGCAAGGACCUGAAAGAAAUCCUGAGACGCUGUGGGGAGAGAUAUCACGUCUUCAACAAUAAACACAUGGAGGAUCGUAAUCAGGUUGUGGAGCUGCUGGAGAAGGUAGACGCCAUGGUCACAGCUAAUGGAGGUGAAUAUUACACCAGUGAAUCUUACCAGGAUGUGGAGCGCAUGCUGAAAACUAAGGAAGAUGAACUGAGACGAGAAUAUGAGAACAAAUUACAAGAGAAAGAAAAAGAGCUGAAGGCCACGUUUGCUGAAGAGAAGCAGAAGCUGGAGGAAAGACUGAACGAGUACAAGCGUUAUUACGAGGCACAGCUUCGAGAGUUCAGAUUGAAGGAGGAGCAGACUUAUACUAAUGAGAAUAAACUAAUGAAGAUCAUUACCAAGUUGAAAAGCCUCAAAGUCAAAUUUUAAGCAAACCCUGGGUAAAAUAUUAUCAGGUUUAAAAGGCUUAGGCAGAGUGAACAAGAUAUGAUGUUCUCGUUAACAAGGUUCGGGAGGAGCGCGUCAGAUACUUAGCCUAUUCGACACAGGUGGACCACAAUCUAGUAAUCAAUCCCACAGUUUAAAUAUCGCUGACUUACCUCUAUCCAUCGACGGUAUCAGCAUCCCUCCUCCACCCCAUCUCCUCACUUCGAGUUCACUUUAUAAUUAGACGGGGAAGGGGGGGUACUCUAGGUUCGGCCAUUCCCGAGCCCGGAGCCCUUACCUGGACAGCACGUCAAAUAUGCAUUCCAUACCUCAGCUAAUUAUAUGUAAGCGUGAACUCGUGAAACAUUAACCUUUGUAAAUAAACAUUUGUUAACUAUUAUUAUGAAAUUGAGAUACAUGAUGACUUAGAGCAGCAGGAAUCAUUUUAUGUUUGAUUACCUUAUAUUCUAACCGAUAAUAUUCCACAGCUGAACCAUAUUUCAAUGUUGUCAUUUGGAGUGACAUAAGAUAUCAAGUGUGAAAUAAAACCCGUUUCAUCUGGUUUUUGUUUUCAUAAUAAAGAACUUGAAAC